AAUGUAACGAGUGCAUGGAGUUAGUUCGUAGCACCUGUUUGUAGUGCCAUUCGUAUCGCGCGGUUUUCACUUCCGAAGCGCACACUCCGUAAUCGACCAGCGUCGUGUGUCACCCGAAGGUUGAACAGCUGUUUUAUCUCACAUCCCAGCUUGUUUAAUAUGUGUGAACUCACCAAGACUUCAAUGUACUUAAAAUGAAAGAUGCUCUCCUUGAUUCUGUAACACUUAAAGUUUGGACUUUGGACGAAACCACAUUAUAUUAGAAGCGGGUUACAAAUGCGUGAACUGACAUAGGGACGCGUAUUAGAGGCUUGUGUUAUUUCGGAUAUGGCGCGAUUUCGUUUUUUGGAUCGCAUAUUGGAAAGCUACCGAUUAAAAACUGUGGAGAGAAUACACACGGUGAAAGACGUUAUAUUCAAAGGUGGAAUUUUGGCAUUCGUCGCAGCAGUAAUUAUUUGGAUAGCAAUAUUUCUCUAUAUUGCAUUCUACAAUACUUACAUGCCAUCAAUAUUCCAUUCGAGACCUGUACAUCUUCAGUUUAAAUCAUGUGAUGAAGAAAAAGGUAUAUGCAGUUUUCCUGCUGCUCAUGUACGUCUAACUAGAAAACAACAAUUAUUGAUGGUUGGACAGUCAUAUAAAAUUCAUGUCAAUUUGGAAAUGCCUGAAUCACCUGCAAAUAAAGAAUUGGGGAUGUUUAUGACGUGUGCUGAAAUGCGUGGCAAGAAUGGCAUGCUUAUUGACAGUUCAUGUCGUUCAGCUAUGCUUCAUUAUAGAAGUGGUUUGUUGCAUCUUAUUAAGACCUUGGUGAUGUCUCCUAUGCUAAUUUAUGGUACAUCUGAAGAAAAGCAAACUGUUACAAUUGAAUUAUUUUCUGAUUUUGAGGAAGAUCAGAACCAUCCGGUUACGAACAUUUAUGUUGAAAUCCAGUCACGAUACAUUGAAUUGUAUUCUGCUACUCUUGAAAUUUAUGCUCACUUUACUGGCUUGAGAUAUCUAAUGUUUCAUUGGCCAGUGUUAUCUGCAGCUGUUGGAAUUUGUUCCAAUUUAUUUUUCAUCGUUCUUAUUUGCACCUUAUCCUGGUGGCACCUAAGCCAAAUAGAUCAAGAAGAAUAUAGUUCAAGUAAACAUGGCAAGAAGAAAGAAAAAGAUGAAAGGCCAAAAUAUUUCUUUGCAUUUAAAGGAGAGACUGAUGAAAGUUCCUUCGAAGAAGCAAGCUUUAUGGAAGACACUUCAAAGGAUGAUGAGGAAAUUAGUUCUCUUGAUUUGCCGAAGGGAUCCCGUGAAUAUAUUACUGAGCUGACUCGAUCUGAGAGUUUCCAGAAUAUGGAAGAACAGUCAGAAUGCUAAUGCUUCAAAGAAGUGCAAUUUAUUGACAAUUCAAUUUGUAUUUAAGUUACCUGAAGUUUUUGAGUGUGGAGAAAUAGCAAUACAAAAAUUGUUUUUUUUCCAAAACUUAUAGGGCAUUAUCUGUUAAAAUGAACUAGAGUGUGCUGUCCCAGGUGCAAAGAGUGACACAUUUAUACAUUCCUAUCUAUUACAUGUGUGUUUACAUUAUUGUGCAUAUCAAAAUAAUAACUCCAUAAUUUUAAUUUAGGGAUGUAAGUUACAGAACUGAUUAUAUAAAUAAUUCAGAAGCAAUAUUUGAAAGAAAUAGCAAGAAUAUUCACUUGUAGAAAUAUUAUGAUAAAACCAUUAUUUUACAACAAUUUAAAGAAAUUUUUAUUUCAUUUUGUCUUUUUCAGUAAACCUGGCUAAUAGUGUUUGUAAAGAGUAUAUUCAAAGAAUUUUGCUUUUUUAAAAAAUGUAUUGUGAUAUCAUCUAGUCAUAUAUCAUAUUUUAAUAAAAAUUCCUUUCCUGAAGAGAACAGGAAGGGCAGGAAUUUAAUGUAUAGACCAUAUACACAUGAUUUUGUUUGCAGUAACUGAUCUAAAGGAUUUUAAUAAGAAUUUCUGAAAAAUAUCUUUUUAUUAGAAAUAUAUAAAAUGAAAUUCAUUGGAAUAAUUAAGUGUAUUCCAGGGAAGUUAAUUACUUCAAAAUUAUGUUCGUUUUUAUAUUGUGCCAAAGAGAAGUAGUUGUGUAAAUGUGCCUGAGGACACUUUUUUAACCAGUGGAUAUUUCAUUAUUUUUUAUUGAAUGAUGCUUCUCAGAAACUUACACUUUUUCCCAUAUUUCUAUUUAAGUGAUUUUAAAUUUUUCAUGGCUUUAUUGCCAAGAAUUUGGAUAAACUUUGGUAUCACUACAAAUUUGCAUCAAUAAUUUCAUGAUGCUGCAUCCAUUUUUUAAUGCUAAUGUCAAGUAAUUUAUGUCAUGAUGUAAUAAUAUAUUAAAUUCAUUUUCUCCAUUUGUGAUUUUAUUUUUAUAUUUUGAAUUUGUAAUUUUUGGUAGUAGUAUAUAUUAAUGUGUUUCUGCAAGCGAUACUUUACAAUUAUGCUAAUAUGUACUAAAAAUUACAAUUAGAAGAAAAUUACAAUGCUAUGAGCUACUAUUAGUUAUGAGAAAUUGUUAUUAUUGUUAUUUUAUUAUGUCAAUGACACUUUACUGUCUAAUACAGUAAUACUUGUUAUGUAAUUCAGUUUGUAGAAAUUCUGCAUUCAAAUUUGUAUUUGGAAGUUGAGCAAUUCUUCAGAGAGGUACGUUGUCAGGAUGUUCAGAUACAGAAUUGAAAACCUGUGUUCUUGCAUUUUUGAAAUCAUUUACAACUUUUAUUCUCAAAUUGUUGAUUAAAAGAAAGAGGACAAGAGUUCAAUUUGACAAAUGUAAAGUACGAAUUUACAUUUACUGAUUAUUUACAUCUAAGGAGAAAGAAAAAAAGAACAUCUGAAGUGCAUGUUAUAUUCUGGCAAACGAAGUAACCAAGAAUGCCCAUAAAUCAAUAUUCCUUUUGUUUCACGUUGAAAAUGAUAGAGUUAAUUUCUUUCAUUUCAUGUAACUCAGAUAUUCAGCAGAUUAAUGAUAGUAUUACUUUGACCGGAAGUAAUGCUUAUCUUCUAAGAAAAUAUUAAUUAUUUUGAUGUUAAGUUUUAUUUCAGUGUAAACAUGUGAAUUUACACAUCAAUUCAAAUGUUUGCCAGCUAUGCCUAGCUUCUAAAAUUGAGUUUAUGACCAUUAUGGAUUAUAUUAGUAAUUAAAUGCCGUUUGCUAGUACCUAUAUUGUGUAGGCAUAAAAUUACUCUAUCAAUAAUAUGACUGCAAGAACUCCUGCAACUUAAGUGCAGAAACCACAAGAUGUAUGAAAUGCUGGAACAGUAGAAUGAAUAUGGGAGUAUUUUCUGAAGAGUUGAGCUUGCUAUUUGAAGUAAACAGAAUUAAUUGCUUUCUUUCACAUUCAAGGCAUGUGGGUACUGUAAUGAAAGACACUCCAAGUGAAGAUGUAUAUUUUCGUUUUGCAGUUUCUAAGUUUCUUGUGCACAAUAAAAUUGUGAUACUAGGUUCUUUUGAAACCAAUUUUUACUUUCUGAAGUUACUAGUUUCUGAAACCAAUUUUUACUUUCCCGUAUACGUACGUAUAUACGGAGUAAUAUAUGUAGUAUAGAGAAAGUUACGUAAUGCUGCCA